CGUGCUUUUAUGACUUCUACCGAUUAACAAUCAUCUUCACCACAUUAUCGAUACAAUGACUCUUUCUUUUGCUCAAGUAACUUGUUGCAGCAAUAAAGUUGCACUUUUUGGGAGGUGUCCACAAAACUUGAAAUGUUGAAACCACAAAUUUCCUUCCUUCCUCUUGGAGAAAUCAGAAGAGUACUAUGAGUAUUUUUGGGAGGGCCGGUUGCCAAUGUUCAGAUUGAAUAGUAAAAUAUCAAUGCUCUGAUUUUUGUGAGCAUGUACAUUAUUGUCCCUUCAGCUCUUUCUUAUCUUGCAAAAUUUGAACAUCAUCUUACUGUAUCUGGUGAGCAAAGGGCUGAGCUGCUGAAAAUGGUUUGCUUCUUUCUGGUAAAUCUCAUUUUGCUUAGGGCUCUGGUCGAAUCGACUGUUGAGGGUGCUCUCUUAAGUAUGGGUCCCCAUUAUUUGGAUGGAGAAGAUUGCAAAAAGAUCGAGCAGUUCAUGACUGCUUCCUUUUUGACAAGGACAUGCCUUUCGUCUCUAGCAUUUUUAAUUACAAGCAGUUUCUUGGGUAUAUCUUUUGAUUUAUUAGCUUCAAUUCCUUGGAUUAACAAGAAGCUUCAAAAGUUUCGUAAAAAUGACAUGCUUCAGCUGGUACCAGAAACAAGUGAGGACUAUCCAUUGGAAAAUCAAGACAUUGAUAGUUUGGAGAGGCCUCUGAUUCAUGAAAGGACUUCAACUGUGAUUGCUGACAACAAUGGAUUUUUACAUGAUGCCUCUCCAAAUGAAAUUGAUUUCCCUGGACAAAAUUUGUCUAAAUACCCUCCGGUCAAUCGAACCUCACCAGUUCCAAAGCCGAAGUUCGAUUUUGCACAGAAUUAUGUUUGCUCCUCUAGUGGUCCCUGUUGGUGCAGUUUACUUUGGGUACAGGAAAUAAAUUUGGCAACUUCAUACAGCGGCAGACACUUUUUCAUGGAGGAACCGGUAGCACAAGGUGGUUUGCUUCCUUCAUUGAUGGCCAACAAAGCUGAUGAAGUUUAUGGGCUCAGUAGUACUAAUUCUAAUUCAGUUCUGCUCCAAAAGACUCCGACAGUUGGUGCCAGGCUUCCUAUAGUAGGAAAAAUAAGUACUUAUAAUAAUCAAGGGGUAAAGGUAGAUGCACCUGGAUUCAAACUUGAUGAUGAAGCUACUAGCCACCAACAACAAGUGCAAGAGAUGGAAGGAUAGCAAAGACCCUGAGCUUCCAAGAGUCCUCUGAGACGAUUGCAAACAGAAUGCAACUGUUCCAUUGUAUGUACACUGACACAAGGCCUCCAACUACCAAAUCCGUUAUUUAUAGAAGGAUCCAAGGAAGAACAACCUAGUAGUAUAAGAAGAAAUUACAUAUUUCUCAAGGGAGUCCUCCAGUAAUAAUUAAGUGUUUUCCUUUUUAGCUAGUUUUCGUAUAAUUUUCUUGAGUAUUUUCCUUCUUUCUAGCAAGUGUAGUUUUAGAAACUUCUUGUAAGGCCUUUUGGAUUGCCCAACUUGUUUCUACGUUUGAAUUUAAGUGUUUGAAUCAUAAUAUUAAGCUACAAG